CCCCAGUUAAUGAUUGACCCUCACUCCAGUGUCCUUGUGUCCCUGGCCCUGGCAGCCUCACAACAUCAGCGCCAUGGGGUCUUGCAGGGCCUUUGGCCUCCUCCUCCUCCUCUUCUUCCUGCCACUGAUGGGGGGCAAGGCCCAGGACCCUGAGCUCGUGCUGGUGGCCCCUCGGCGUGCGGCUCUCGGGACACCCCUGGGACUGCUGGUAGCAGCUGCGGGGCCAGUGACUGGGACAGUGACAGCGUGGCCUGAAGGCAGCCGUGGGGCAGGGCCCUGUGCACCCCCGACCGCCUUCUCCCUUACAUCUCACAAUGACUUCAACCAGCUCCUGCACAUUGAGGUCACCCCGGCGCAGGCUGAGCGCUGUGGGGUGCUGCGGGCGGCCAGGGGCCGGGUGUUGCUCCUGGAGGCCCGGAGUGCCCAGUUGCCCCCCCCUGGCACCCGGCUGGUGCGGGUGGCCCUGGGGGGGUCCCGAGGCCACCUCAUCAUCCAGACUGACAAACCCCUCUACGCCCCCCGCCAGACAGUGCGCUUCCGUGUCUUCUCCAUGGAUCCUGAGCUGCAGCCAAACCCCGAACCCAUCCUGGUCACCAUCACGAACCCUCUGGGGGCACGAGUGCGGGAGGGACAGCGGGUGCCCCUGGACACGGUUCUGAGCGACCAGUUGGUGCUGCCUGACAUUGCCCUGCCAGGGACGUGGCAUGUGCGGGCCCAGCUGGCGGCCAGCCCGGACACCAAUGGCUCAGCUGCCUUUGAGGUGCGCAAGUACGCCCUGCCCGGCUUCGAGGUGCGGAUCCGCCCUGAACCACGCUUCGUGGUGCUGAGCAAGCCUGAGCUGGCCCCGCUGCGCGUCCACCUCCACGUCCAGUUCCCUGAUGGGGCGCCCGUGGGGGGCCACGCGCAGCUGCGUGUGGGGCUCCUCAACGCCGGGGGCCGAGGGGGACAAUUCCUACGGGGACUGGAGCAGCAGAGCCGGGUGACCGAAGGCCACGCCUCCCUGGAUGUGUCCCUGCUGGCCAUGGCCCGCGCCCUUGGCGUGGCACUGCCUGACCUGCAGGGGGCGCGCCUGCGCCUGGCAGUCGCGGUGGUGGAGGCACAAGGCGGGGAGCUGGUGGAGCAGGAGGCGACGGUGGCCCUGGUGGCCUCGCCCUGGGCCCUGGAUCUGGCUGAGACACCCCGGUUCUUCGUGCCGGGGGCCCCCUUCACCCUCCUGGGCCGGGUGCUGCAUGCUGGGGGGGAGCCGGCCCCUGGCAUUGGGGUGCGGGUGACAGUGGGGGUGACAGGGGCCACCUCCCCACCCCCCAUCGAGUUUCGGGCUGACACCACCGGUGCCAUCAUCAUCCCCAUCAACGUCCCCAGCGGAGCCACGGCCCUCGACCUCAGUGUUGAAGCAGGGCAGGCAGAUGGCCCCCCAGCCCAGGCGCAGAUGACGGUGGCCCCAGUGGAAGCAGUUUCGGGGCGCUUCCUGCUGCUGGGGGGGCCUGGGGGACCCCUGCAACCUGGGGAGGUGCUGAGGCUGCAACUGCGUGACCUGGGCCCCCCUCCGGCCCCCCGCCUCUUCCACGUGCUGGCAGUGGCACGGGGGCGGCUGGUGGCAGCCCUGGCGGUGCAGCGGGGGACGGUGACGGAGGUGACGCUGCCAGUGACACCCGCCAUGGUCCCGCGGCUCCGCGUUGUCGCCUUCUUCCAGGCUGGGGGGCAGCUGGUGGCAGCCAGCUGGGUGGCACCCGUGGUGGAUUCCUGUGACAACCAGGUACGGGUAGUGGUGCCCCCACCAGGGCCCGACCUGCGUCCCCAAGCCUCCCUGACGGUAACGGUGACCACGGGGACCCCGACCACUGUGGCCCUGGGGGCCAUCGACACGGCCGUGCUGGCGCUGGAGCCGCGGCACCGCCUUGGCCCCACCAAGGUGAAGGCAGUUUUGGGCAGCAGCGAUUUGGGGUGCAACCCUGGGGGGGGGGCCAAUGUUGCUGGGAUCUUCAGGGCUGCGGGACUUGUGCUGGGGAUGGGGGGAGCUACCCCUCCCCUGGGGCCAGGUCCUGGCUGUCCCCCGUCUCCUCCCCGCCAGCGGCGCUCGCUGGAGCUGCUGCAGCUGCUGGAGGAGAAGGCGGGGCAGUGGCGGGGUGACCCAGCGACAUGGCGCUGCUGCCGGGACGGGGCGACGGCGCUGCCAGUGCGGGCGACGUGUGACCAGCGGGGACAGCGGGUGACAACGGCCGGGGGGUGUCGUGACGCCUUCCUGCACUGCUGUGCCCUGGCCCGUGACUUGCGCCGGCGGGGACAGGCCGGGGGGUUGGCACGAGUGCUGGAGGCGGCGCUGGAGCAGCAGCUGCUGGACGACGAGGAGGUGCCGACCCGGAGCUUCUUCCCCGAGAGCUGGCUGUGGCGCAGGGUCCCUGUCGAUGGCUCCGUUCGGAUCUCGGUGCUGCUCCCAGACUCCAUCACCACCUGGGAGAUUCAGGCUGUUGCCAUCAUUCCCGGCGUGGGGCUGUGCGUGGCUGUGCCCCAGCGGGUGACGGUGACACAGGACGUGCGCGUGGCCCUGCGGCUGCCCCCCAGCGCCCGACCCCGUGAGCAGCUGCAGCUCCAGCCCCUCAUCCACAGCAGGCUGCCCCGCAGCAUCAACGUGACAGUGACGCUGUCAGUGGCUGAGGGCAUAUGUGCGGCGUUGGAUGGAGCCCCCCAGGACCUAGAAUUGCCUCCUGGGGGGGCUAUUGCUGUGCCCCUCACCUUGGUGGCCUUGCGCCCUGGGGACGUCCCCAUCACUAUCACCGCCCGCGGGCCCUGGGGGCUGAGUGACCGUGUCACCCACAUCCUCCACGUCGAGCCCGAGGGUGAGCUGCACCUGGAGGAGACCAGCUACGUCCUGGACACCAACAACAAGCAGGGCAGGACCCUGGAGCUGCCAGGGGACGUCCCAGCCGAGAUUGUCCCCGAUGGGGAUUUCAGCAUGAGCAUCCGCGUUACCGGCCGGGUGCCGGGCUGGGCACUGCAGGGGGCUCUGGGGGUGAAGGGGACGCUGCUGCGGGCCCCCCGGGGCUGCGGGGAGCAGUCGCUGAUGGUGCUGGCCCCUGCUGCUGCCACUCUGCGCUACCUGGACGAGAGUGAGGGGUGGGCGCAGCUGCCUGCUGGGCACCGCGAACGUGGCCUCAGCACCCUACAACAGGGCUUCGAGCGGGUGCAGAGCUUCCGCAAGAGCGACGGCUCCUACGGGGCCUGGCUACACCGGGGUAGCAGCACCUGGCUGACGGCACUGGUGCUGCGCGUGAUGGCCUUGUCCCGUCCCUACCUGCCGGUGGAUGCCGAUGGCCCCAGCGCGUCCCUGCGGUGGCUGCUGGGACAGCAGCGGCCGGACGGUGCCUUCGUGGAGCACGAACCCGUGAUACACCGCGAGAUGCAGGGCGGUGUUGGAGACCCAGGCCCGGAGGCCACUGUGUCCCUGACGGCCUUCGUGGUGGUGGCCCUGCACAGCACUCGCGUGCUCCUGCCCCCGGACAGCCCCGAGCAGCAACUUCUGGACAAGGCACUGUCCCAGGCAUCCACCUUCCUGCGAGGCCACGUGGAGACGCUGGGGACCUUUGGGACAGCCAUCACAGCCUACGCACUGGCACUGGUGGACACCAGCCCCCCAGGGCCACAACCUGCUGUGGAGCGCUUGCGUCGCCUGGCCCGAAAGGCCCACGGAGGUCGGGCACAGUUCUGGCCGGCCGGGGGUCCUGCAGCCACCGUGGAGGCAACGGCCUACGGGCUCCUAGCGCUGCUGCAGAGCCGUGAUGUUGCUGGAGCCAGCCGGGCGGCCCAGUGGCUCCGUGAGCAAAGCAACUACGGUGGUGGCUUCCAUUCCACCCAGGACACGUUGGUGGCGCUGGAGGCACUGGCCCAGAUGUGGCUACAAUGGGGACGUGGGGCCAGAUCUGGGCUCAACCUGGGGCUGUCCUGGCCGGGGGGGAUCCGAGGAGGUCCUGGGGGCACCCAAGUGACACUGGAGCCUGGCCUGGAGCCACUGGAGCAGGAGCUUCGGGUGCCCUUGGGCAGCCCGGUGACAGUGAAGGUGGAGGGACAUGGCGAGGGGACCCUCACGGUCCUGCGGCAGUUCCGCCUGAUGUCGCCCCCCAAUGCCACCUGCCAGGGGCUGGGCCUAGAGGUGUCCAUCACCGGCCCCAUCAUCUAUCAAGAUGAAGAGGACUACGAGGACUAUGAGGAGGAGGAGGAGCUUGAGGGGAGGGCGGAGCCUCCAGAAGGGGUGGGGCCUGCAGGAGGGGCGGGGCUUGCAGAGGCUGCCGCCCCCCUGAGUCCCAUGGCCUUGUGGGAUGCCCGGCAGAGGCAGCGGCGGGAUGUGCGUGACCCAGGCCGCGAGGUCGCCUUCCUGGUCUGCUUCUGGCGGGGCCCAGGUGCAGGGCUGGCAGGAAUGGCUGUGGUCGAGGUCUCCCUGCUCAGCGGCUUCCGGCCCCACCGGCCUGACCUGGACAAGCUGCGGGACGUGGUUGAUCGCUGGAUAAGCCACUACGAGCUCGACGGGGCCCGGCUGGUGCUGUACCUGGAUGAGGUCCCCCCCCAGCGCCAGUGUCUCAGCUUCGGGGCAACACAGGAUGUGGCUGUGGGGCAGCUGCAGCCCGCCAUGGCAGUCAUCUAUGACUACUACGAGCCAGCUCGGCGCUGCACCGUCUUCUACAGCGCCCCCCGCAGGAGCAGCGCUGUGGCCACCCUCUGCUCCCCGAAAGUCUGCGAAUGUGCACAAGGUGGGUGUCCCCGGGCCCAAAGGGGGACGGAGGAGCUGACGGCCGACGAUCGCCUUGACUUUGCCUGCUACAGCCCUCGCGUUGACUAUGCAAUGGUGGUUCAGGUGCUGACCCAAAAUGAGGUUGGAGCUUUUGUGGGGUUCGAGACAGAAAUCCAGGAGGUUCUGCUGAUGGGGCAGGAUACAGCGGUGGCCCCUGGGGAACGGCGGCGGAUACUGGUGAGGGAGAGCUGCACCCUGCGCCUGCGCUCCCACAACACCUACCUGGUGAUGGGGUUGGAUGGGGGAACACGGGACCCCCAAGGACGCCCCCAGUACUUACUGAGCCCCCAGUCAUGGGUGGAAGAGGUGCCAUCCCCUGCCCGCUGUGGGGCCACACGGCUGCGGAGACGCUGUGCCCAGCUGCAGGACUUCCGCAACCGCCUUGGCCAGCUGGGCUGCCAGCUGUGAGCCGGGGACACGUGGUCCCGCUGGAGGACACCCAUGCUGGGGCCAACUGGGAACAACUGGGAUUUACUGGGGGCAACUGGGACCACACUGGGAACAACUCAGACUGCACUGGGUGCAACUGGGGCCCUAUCUGGAUCAAUUGGGGUCAACUAGAAAUAAACUAGUGUCAACUGAGA